AUGGUUCUCCUAAAGAGCUUCGUGCUCGCCGGUCUUGCUGCCACCGUCGCAGCCAAGUCCGCCGUCCUUGACCUCAUCCCUUCUAACUUCGACAAAGUCGUCCUUAAAUCCGGCAAGCCUACUCUUGUCGAAUUCUUUGCCCCUUGGUGCGGUCACUGCAAGAACCUAGCUCCCGUGUACGAAGAGCUAGCUCAAGUUUUCGCCACCUCUAAGGACGUUCAGAUUGCCAAGGUAGAUGCCGACGCCGAGAAGUCUCUAGGAAAGAAAUUUGGUGUUCAAGGAUUCCCUACAUUGAAGUGGUUCGACGGAAAGAGCGACAAGCCCAUCGACUACAAUGGCGGCCGAGAUCUAGAAAGCUUGACUAAGUUCGUUACGGAGCACAGUGGUGUCAAGGCCAAGAGAAAGUUGGAGAUGCCUAGCCAAGUCAACAUGUUGACGGACACUACUUUCAAGGAGACCGUUGGAGGCGACAAGAAUGUUUUGGUUGCAUUCACCGCUCCUUGGUGUGGCCACUGCAAGGCUUUGGCUCCUACCUGGGAAACGCUAGCCGAAGACUUCAUCAACGAACCCAAUGUUGUUAUCGCCAAGGUCGACGCUGAGGCCGACAACAGCAAGAAGACCGCCAGCGAGCAAGGUGUUACUUCUUACCCGACGAUCAAGUUCUUCCCCAAGGGCUCAAGCGAAGCUGAAGCUUACAAUGGCGGCCGAAGCGAGAAGGACCUCAUCGAUUUCCUCAACGAGAAGGCCGGCACCCACCGUGUCCCCGGUGGUGGUCUCGAUGCCACUGGUGGCACCAUUGACAUCCUAAACCACAUUGCCCUCAAGUACGCUGCUGGCACUGAGAAGCUAGCUGACCUCGCGGCUGAGGCUAAGAAGGCAGCCGCUGGUUUGGCUGAGGAUGCGCAGUACAAGUACGCGCAAUACUACAUCCGCGUAUUCGACAAGCUAUCGCAGAACGAGGGCUACGUUGCUAAGGAAUCGGCCCGUCUCGACGGCAUCAUCAAGAAAGGUGGUCUAGCUCCCGCCAAGCUAGACGAGCUCCAAAGCAAGACCAACAUCCUCAAGCAAUUCAUCCAGCAAGCCGCGGAGAAAGUCACUGGUAAGGAAGAGCUAUAG